UCAGAAGUUCACUUCAAUUUGCGCAUGCGUUUAUGUGCAGAACAUAAACACUGCGAAAAUGUACUUUUCUGCUGAAAAAAUGUGUAAAGCUCAAUGAUUUGAUGAUGGGUGGAAUCAUGCAUGCAUAAUUUGUUUAAAGAAAGGCGAUAAGACCUUUCACUGAAAGUUACAGACAUGGCAAAUCGGACUACUUUGCAUCAACGCAGACGAAAACGAGCCCAGCCUCCAGUCUUUAGUGGAAUUUCUGGGUCAUACGAAGACAAAGACAGUGACUUCCUGUGUCCUAUAUGUUUUAACUUGAUGGAAGAAGUACAUAUGACUAAAUGUGGUCACUCAUAUUGCCAUAAAUGCAUAAAGGAAAGUCUUCAACAAAGCAACAGAUGUCCAAAGUGCACUUAUGUUAUAGAGGGCAUUGACCAUGUCUUUCCAAACUUCAUGUUGAAUGAGCUGGUGUUAAAAUACAGGGGCAAACAGGAACAAAAGAAAAUAAAACUUGAACAAAAGACAUCUCCUUCAACAGAAACUGUUGAUAUCUGUGAUAUGAUUUUGGAGGACAACAUUGAUCUCUGUGAUGUGAACAAACUGCUAGAAGUCCUUAAUGUGAAGAAGCAAAAGCUAGAAGGGGACAUCAAGUUUGCACAGAAAUAUAUACUUAAAGAAUUUCUUCAAGAAAUAAAAAAAAGAAAGCAAGGAAAAUUAGAACAGUUAAAAAGGGAAAUUUCUUUGAUUGAUGACGAUUUCGAAAAAGUGGAUGGAAUGCUUUCAGAGCACAGAAGAAAGUAUCCGUACAUUCCAGAUCAUCUGGUGCCAAAUGGGUUUGAGCCUACCAUGACGGCAAGCACUGAUCCUGGCAGUCAAGAUGGAUUCAAUGGCAGCAAGAAUGCUGGAAAACCCUGGUUACAGACAACCAUGGCCUCCAGAAGGAAAAGAGUCAGUCAGCAUUUUGAGGAUCUAGAGCAAUGUUACUUCUCCAUCAGACAGAAGGAUGAGUAUAAUGGAGAAGAGGGGUUAGAUGAGUUUACAGAAUGUCUUUCAAAAUUCACCAAGUUUAAUUCAUUCAGGUCACUUGCCACUUUAAGUUAUGCAAGUGACAUUUACAGUGGGUCCAGUAUAGUCUCAAGCAUAGAGUUUGACAGGGAUUGUGACUUCUUUGCCAUAGCUGGUGUAACCAAAAAAAUCAAGGUGUUUGAGUAUGGAACUGUGAUAAAGGAUGCUGUUGAUAUACAUUAUCCAGUGAAUGAGAUGAUCUGCAAUUCAAAAAUUAGUUGUGUGACUUGGAGUAGUUAUCACAAAAAUGUCCUAGCAAGCUCAGAUUACGAAGGGACAAUUACACUGUGGGAUGCCUUCACUGGCCAGAAAUCUAAACUCUUUCAGGAACAUGAGAAAAGAUGCUGGAGUGUGGACUUUAACACAAUGGAUCCCAAACUGUUGGCUUCAGGAUCAGAUGAUGCUAAAGUGAAGCUUUGGUCUAUCAAUGCAGAAAACUCAAUUGCCUGUCUAGAAGCCAAGGCAAACGUUUGUUGUGUUAAAUUCAACCCUGAGAGUAGAUAUCACUUAGCGUUUGGUUCUGCAGAUCAUUUUGUGCAUUACUAUGAUCUGAGAAACACUAAAGAGGCAGUGAUGGUCUUCAAGGGGCACAGAAAGGCUGUGUCAUACACCAAGUUCCUCAAUACCACAGAAAUUGUGUCUGCAUCAACAGACAGUCAGCUCAAACUUUGGAAUAUUGAUAAAUCAAAUUCUUUGAGAACCUUUAAAGGACAUAUCAAUGAGAAGAAUUUUGUAGGCUUAGCUACAGAUGGGGAUUAUAUUGCUUGUGGAAGUGAAAACAAUUCCCUGUAUGUGUACUACAAGGGGCUUUCAAAACAGCUGAUGACCUAUAAGUUUGACACAGUGCGGAGUGUGCUGCAAGAAAAAGACAAGAAAGAAGAUGAAGUCAAUGAGUUUGUUAGUGCUGUUGCUUGGAGACCGGGUUCAAAUGUGGUUGUAGCAGCUAACAGCCAAGGAACAGUCAAGGUGCUAGAGUUGAUAUAGAGUGAUCUCUCUUUUCUAUUGAAACCUUGAUGUGUGUGUCCCCUAUGCUUGGUGGAAGCUGUGAAAAAGUGUAAUCGUGGCAUAACUAUUGUGAUAAACAGCAAUGCAUUUGUAGCACAAUGUCGAUAGCACAAUGUAAGAAAUAAUGAUCAUUCUUGUUCACACGGCUACAUCCCUACAUUCAUUUACAGAAAUGUAUGUACAUGUACGUGCACAACACUUGGGGGUACCUAAGCUGUACAUGUAUGGUGAAAUAGUGAUUGAAUAUUAGAUGAUAAUGCACUGGUACAACAGUAAUUUGGUAGAUCAACACUUGUCGUAAUUGUCAGUCAAGAGAAAAAAAUAUUGCUUAUUUUGCUGUAUUCCAGAUGUACAUUUAAAUGAGAUUUAUUUGCAACAACAACAACAAAAAUUUGUUGUGUGUUGUAUCAUUACACCAUUUUGAAUGUUAACUUAGUGCUUACUUCCCUCAUUAUAAAUACAACAUGAUCUGGGAGAAGACAAGGCAAAACCUCAUUUCCGAAAACUUCAGUUUUGUGUAAAUAUUAUUUGCUGUAUUGGAAUUGAAUUGUUUUUCUUCUGUAAGAUAAAAUGCUAAACUGAAACUGUCUUGAAUUGUCACAGUUUUAGGUAUUAGAACUUCUACCUCUGUUUUGUUUUUGUUUACAUUUUAAUUGACUAUCCUCGAAUCAAUUUUUAACAUUGUUACCAAACCCUUAAUGUUGUUAAAUGUUUUGUUUGUAUCUUUAAUAAUAUAUUCACCAUAUGCGCUAUUUACAUGUAAUUAUAUAUACUGAUGUUUCACGCAAAUUUUUAUGUGUGCUGUUCAACAGCAAAGGGAAAAUAUGAUUGUCAGAUGAAAUUGGAUGUUGUCUCCGCAGAAGUGAUUGUAUGCUUAUUAUUUUGAUGUGAUUGUUUUGUGAAUUGAUUACAAAGAUUUUGACCUGUGUUGUGGUUCCUAACCUAUUACCUCUGUUUCAUCUGUUCACAUCCUCAGAACAUGAGUGAAUGUCCACCUACCCCCAAACCCCCCCCAACUUCCACCCCCUUCCCUCAAUUUCAAAUUUUUCGGUAAGAUCAUUUAAAGAAAUUACUUAUCAGAUAUGAUCCAUGGUAUACUAGACUUCACAAACUCUUGUGGCAAGAAAUUGUAUAAAUCUUAAGUUGCAAACUAUUUCUAAAUUAUUUUGAUAUCAGUGUAGUUUUUAUAUGUCUGGAUAUCAUUCUCUUAGUUAAAAAGUUGCAAAAAAAUGACAUACAUAUUCUUAGUUAAUGGUGUUUAGUGUUAUUUUGUUAAAUUCAGAUGCAAAAAUGCAGUUUAAAAGUCAGAACUUGUUCAUGUGAUGUAAGUUAGUGGUUCAUGUUCAUUAGUCAUUGUGUAUGGUUGUGUUUAUACAUUGUGAGUGCUGUUUUGUGUAUUGCACCUUAGAAUGAUCAGAAUAAAUGGACAGGAGAGUACAAGU